AAGAGCGGACACAGCUGGAAGGCGGGGUCCGGGGGGGGGGGGGGUGGGGAGAGAGCGGACACAGCGGAAGGCGUGGGUCCGGGGGGGGGGGAACGGACAAAGGGAAGCGCGGGGUCCGGGGGGGGGGGGAAAGCGGAGGACACAGGGGAAGGCGGGGGGGGUCCGGGGGGGGUGAGAGCGGACACAGGGGAAGGCGGGGUCCGGGGGUGGGGAGAAGCUGGACACCAGGAAGGCGGGUGGUCCGUGGGUGGGCGACGAGAGCGGGAACACGGGAAGGCGGGGUCCAGGGGGGGGGGGAGAGCGGACACAGGGAUAGGCGGGGGGUCCGGGCGGGGGAGAGCAGGACACAGGGAAGGCGGGGGUGUCCGGGGGGGGAGAGCGGACACAGGGAAGGCGGGGGUCCGGGGGGAGGAGAGCGGACACAGGGAAGGCGGGGAUCCGGGGGGGGCUGAGAGUUCGGACACAGUGAACGCGUCUGGGGGUCCGGGGAAGAGCGGACAUAGUGAACGCGGGGGUCCGUGGGAUGAGCGACUGGCGGGGUACAGGGAAACGCGGGGGGUCCGGGGAGAGCGAUGGAAUACAGUGAUGAAACGCGGGGUCAGCGGGAGAGAGCGGAUAUAGUCGAAGACGGGAGUCCGGGGGGAGAGCGGAUAUAGUGAACGCGGGGUCCAGGGAGAGCGGAUAUAGUGAACGCGGGGUCCGGGGAGAGCGGAUAUAGUGAAUGCGGGGUCCGGGGAGAGCGGAUAUAGUGAAUGCGGGGUCCGGGGAGAGCGGAUAUAGUGAAUGCGGGG